UCACACGUGUCGCUUUCUCGCUUCUCCUUUCUACUCCUUUUAUCGUCUCCUCUCUUCCCUUUCUUCUCCCUUUCCUCUCUCAAUUUGUUGCGUUAUGGAGGAGGAUGACCAACUCGAACGAUUCGACUCCGAGUUUGCUUCCACCAGUUCCGGCUCCGGCAUUUCCUCCAUACUCAGCACCGAAGAUUUCCGGAACCUCACCAGCUCCGGCGACAUUUCCUCUAUCAGCAGCGGCUCCGGCGAGAUUCCGCCCGUCGCCGUGACCGAGGCGGUUCUCGUGCCGCCGUUGCUUCACCGCGCUGGUUCCAAUGGCGACGAUGGCGAGCCAGCCAUGCCGCCCGCGUUGAGGGAGAAGUGCGUGGGAAGGAGUAGCAAGGGAGUGAGCUGGGGACACACUUCGGUGAUUGGGAGGCGGAGAGAGAUGGAAGACGCCCUCGCCGUUAUUCCAGGGUUCAUGUCUCGCACGUGCGAUCAUGUCGGUGGUUGUGCUGCUCCCGGCUCCAGAUCCUCCGGCGAGAUCUCUCCCGUUCAUUUCUUCGGUGUUUACGACGGCCACGGUGGCUCUCAGGUGGCGAAGUUUUGUGCCAAGCGGAUGCACGAUGUUAUAGCAGAGGAGUGGGACCGAGAAAUGGCAGGUGGCACUGAAUGGCAGAGAAGGUGGGAAGCCGUAUUUGCUAACAGUUUUGAGAGAACUGACAAUGAAAUCCUAUCAGACGCAGUUGCACCAGAAAUGGUAGGAUCUACUGCCUCUGUGGUGGUUCUAUCUGGUUGUCAAAUUAUUACAUCCAACUGUGGCGAUUCAAGGGUAGUUCUUUGCCGCAGGACACAAACAAUCCCCCUGACAGUGGAUCAGAAGCCGGAUAGACAAGAUGAACUCUUGAGAAUUGAAGGAGGAGGAGGAAAAGUCAUAAACUGGAAUGGAGCUAGGGUGUUUGGUGUUCUUGCCAUGUCCAGGGCCAUAGGGGAUCGGUAUUUGAGGCCAUGGAUUAUUCCGGUGCCAGAGAUAACUUUUACAUCAAGAACUGACGAGGAUGAGUGCUUAAUUUUAGCAAGUGACGGACUUUGGGAUGUAAUGACCAAUGAAGAGGUUGGAGAAGUAGCACGCCACAUUCUUAGAAGGCGCCGGAGAUCUUUGUCGAUGGAGGAAAUAUCUCCUGCACAAGUUGUUGCUGACAGCCUGACUGAAAUUGCUUAUGGUAGAAAUAGUAAAGACAACAUUUCAAUAAUAGUUGUUGAUCUAAAAUCAAAGAGAAAACGUCAGCAAAGGCCUCCUUUGGUUUCCUGAGAAUUCCAGUCUCUUAAAUCUUUUUCUACCUUGAGAAGGAUAAAGAGGCGAUACUGAAGUUGUAUAGUUGAUCUAUAAACAAACCCUUCUUGUCUAAUGACCCCAUUGAUAAUUGUUAUCACUUCAACUUGUGUUUCUCCUAACCUUCUGUACAGAGUUUAUUGGCAAAAAGAAUCUGCUUCGUGACAAAGUCACAACUAGCUCUGGCUUGGUUGUUAUAAUGAAGUAUAGAUCAGUGAUCAUUUUUAUCCCUUUUGAUCCUGAUUCCUGAACAGUUAUGUCUGGGUUCAAGGAAGAAGAGACGGGGGAAAACAGAAUGAAAU